AUGACAAGGUUUGAAAUGGAUGCUUUGGAGCUGGAGAGCCUCCACCCAUCUCAGUCAGCCGGUCGUAGAGAGGCAGGGGCCUCUGAUGAUGCUCUAUUUACUGAGGUCCCUCAUGAUGUCACAGCCAGAGCUGGGCAGGAUGUGGAAAUGGCCUGUGCUUUCCGGGGGAGUGGUUCGCCAUCCUAUUCACUGGAGAUUCAGUGGUGGUAUAUCCGAAAUUCCAAGGACUGGACUGACAAACAGGCAUGGAACUCCCACCAGAUGAAAGCUUCUACUCAUGAGGAGUCUAGGAAGGAUGCAACAAAAAUAAGCGCUGUGAAGGUGGUUGGAAGCAAUAUCUCUCACAAACUUCGGUUGUCCACCAUAAAAACUUCAGAUGAAGGCACUUAUGAAUGCAGAGUGACUGAUUAUAGUGAGGGCAAACCCAGGCAUCACAAAGUCAAAGCUUACCUGAGGGUCAAGCCUGAGCAGGGUCAUGAGAUGCUGCUACAUGGAGCCGCCGCACACAUGCAGGACACCAAGGUACCAACAAGUGAUAUAGAGACUCACACGAAUCACAUUGUUAAAUCCUCGUCUUUUUCCAACAGCCCUCAAACUGUCCAAAUUAUGAAUGAACAAGCCCUGGAAACUGACUGUGAACAGAAUGAUCUGUCUCUUGAUGCUGAUCGUAUCCACUGUGUUUAA